AUGUGUAUUGUGUCUGCGAGUAGCCAGGCAAAUAAUCUCGAUGCACUGCUACUGAAUCAGAUGCUUAGCUAUGUGGACGAGAGUGUGCCUGUGUGCGAUGAUUACUACAAAUACGCGUGUGGCAAGUGGACUGAAGUGCAUGAGAAUGAUGACUUCUUCGACCCCAUGGGAUUGAUUGAUCGCAAUGUUAAUGAGAAUCUGGUUAGGCUCAUGGCUGAGUUGCUGCAGAAGCAGCAGCAGCAGCAAAGCAGUGUGGAAGCCAAGGUCUUGAGCUUCUAUCAGGCGUGUCGCCAGGCAGCGAAUUCGACGCGUUCAAGCAAAGGGUAUCUGGAGUUGGUGCCGCCAAAUGUAAAAAUACCCUGGCCGCAGUUCAAGCACCGAUGGGAAGAUUGGGACAACAGCAAAUUUGAGUGGAUGGAAACAUUGGCGCGCCUGCGACGCUUCGGACUGACGAAUGUGUUCUUCGACUUGGAUGUGCAACCCGACAUGUACAACAGCAGCAAGUACUUUAUACACAUUGAGAGACCCAAUUUCAAAACCGAAUCACAGCUGCCGACCGACCUCAGUCGGAAGCUACUCGAGCUGGGUGUUAACGAUAGAAAUACAGACGCUCUGGCAAAACAAGUCACGAUAUUUGAGCAAUCGGUGCGUAAAAUGAUUUUGAAUUCACAAUCAAAGGAAGCGGUUGAUGAGAUGACAGUGCACAAGCUGGAGCAACAAACAGGACAUUGGGGAAAAUAUUUAGAAACUUUGCUGGAUCGCGCCGUGUCCGCUGACUUUGUGCUGAAAGUUGGUAAUGUGGCAUAUUUAAAGCAGUUAAACCGGACACUCGCCAGGUGGAAUGGUGAGGUAAUAGCUACCUACAUUAUGUUGCGCUUUGUCUCGUAUCUGGAGGAGGAGACCAUGGAUAGCCCAAAGUCCAUUGAUUGCGUUCAGGAAUUGCGACGUCACAUGUUGCCAGCGACAAAUCUGCUUUACGAGCAGCGAUUCAUUGUCCCGGACAAAUUGCAGCAACUUGAAGAGAAUGUCCUGGAGCUGUUUGAGCUGCUGCGGCAACAGUUCUACAAAAUAUUGGAGGUUAAUCACCUGAGCCUGAAGCGUGGUCAACGGAAAUUGCUGCGAGACAAGAUGAGGAAAAUGAAGAUCAGCAUUGGCAGUUUUCCGAUGAAUGCAAAUCAUUUCAGCAUUGUUACCAGUUUCUAUGACGGACUGCAGCUGCCUGAAAAUCAUGACUAUGCCAAGAAUCAAUUGCGUUUGUUAGAGUUCCGUACUAGCCGCCGAUUGGAGCAGCUGGAUAGACCCCUCGAUUUGAUCUUGCCGGACUCGGGCACGGCCAUGGUGUCAACACCGUUUUAUAAUCAACGACAGAAUACCAUCGUUGUGCCUUAUGGCAUAAUUGAGGAGCCCUUUUUCCAGCCCGAUGCCCACGAUAUAUUCAAGACUGGCCUGCUGGGCCACCUCAGCCACGAGCUGAUGCACGGCUUCGACUCAACUGGAUUGAACUUUGAUAGAGACGGAAACUACAAUGAGCAGAUACUCAAGAUCACCAGUGGAAGUCGGUAUGAGGCGGCAUUAAGCUGUCUCGAACAGUAUGAAACAGUGGGAAUGGAUGAACGUGAGGCGGACAUUGCUGGCAUUCGUCUGGCAUAUGACGUUUACUUUGAUCCUGGCUCAGGGUUCAAUCGGGCACAGCCCAGUUUCUCGAAUCUGUCACUGAAGCAGCUCUUCUUUCUCAGCUCCAUGCAAUAUUUUUGCAGCAAGGAACCGUUAGCUGAUGAUGGAGAACACGAUUCCGAUGAGAUCCGUGUCUAUCAAAUGUUGAUCAACUUACCAGCCUUUGCCGAGGCACACGGUUGCCGUGUAGAUGACGAUAAUAUGCAUCCAUCUGGAAAGUGUCGACUUUGGUGAAAUGCUUUAAAAUACUGCGAAGUUUAUUCUAAAUAAACCAUAAAAAUUAAA